AUGUCUGAAAUCACCCAUCCCACCAUCAAAGACGGCUGGUUCAGAGAGAUUUCCGACAUGUGGCCCGGCCAAGCCAUGAUUCUCAAAGUCAACCAGGUCCUCCACCAUGAAAAGUCCAAGUAUCAAGACGUCUUGGUCUUUGAGAGUAGCGACCAUGGUACCGUCCUCGUCCUUGAUAACGUCAUCCAAUGUACCGAGCGGGACGAAUUCUCCUAUCAAGAGAUGAUUACACACCUGGCCAUGAACUCCCACCCAAAUCCAAAGUCAGUCCUCGUCAUCGGCGGCGGUGACGGCGGUGUUUUGCGGGAAGUGGUCAAGCACGAGUCGGUUGAAAAAGCAAUUCUUUGUGACAUUGACGAAGCUGUCAUUCGCGUCAGCAAGAAAUACCUCCCCGGAAUGUCCAUUGGAUAUCAACACCCAGCAGUUGAAGUUUUUAUUGGAGACGGUUUUAAGUUCCUUGCUGACCGCAAGGACGAAUUCGAUGUCAUCAUCACUGAUAGCAGUGAUCCAGAAGGUCCAGCUGAGACGCUGUUCCAGAAACCUUACUUUGAGCUUCUCUAUGGAGCACUGAAAGACGGUGGUGUUAUAACUACCCAAGGUUCCGAGAACCAGUGGCUUCACCUGCCACUCAUCACCAAACUCAAAAAAGAAUGCAAAGAAGUCUUCCCUGUGGUCGAAUACGCCUAUACAACCAUCCCCACUUACCCAUCCGGCCAAAUCGGUUUCAUGGUCUGCUGCAAGGACCCAGAACGAGACGUCAAGAAACCAUUACGUUCUUGGAACCCUGAAGAGGAGGAGAAGUUGUGCAAAUACUACAACAAGGAGAUUCAUGAGGCGAGCUUUGUGCUCCCUACCUUUGCACGCAAGGCAUUGAAGUAG